GACCAAGGGCCCUUGGAGGAAGAUGUUAUGAAUGUCCCCAAGUCUGAGCAAGAGUCAGCAAGCCCUUUAGAGGUGCAGUUCUCUGUGGAAGCCAGUUGGCUGGGAAAUGAUGAUCCGGAGAAGGAAGAAGAACCUUUCCAACUGGGAAGGCCUGAUUUGGAACAAACAGGAGCCGGCACCAAGUCCUUGGAAAGAGCCAAGAUGAGAUUUUUCCCAGGCCCAGAGCUAGAAGAGAUACCUGGAAAUCAGCAGGCAUCUGGAAAGCUCCAGGACAGCUACCUCUGGAAGCUAGCCGAGAAGGCUUUUCUCUGUGAGGAUGCAGAGCGCGAGAGCUUCUUCCAACACAGGAUGGAAAAAUGCAAGCGGGCCAACAACGCCGGAGCUGCGCUUGGGAGAAACUUCCUCCAGACCCUGGAGGUCCUCAAGAAUGACAAGAAGCGCCUUCAGAAGUUCAAAUGCUCGUACUGCGGAGCCACGUCCAAUAUCCGAGCAAACAUUGUUGUGCAUGAGAGAAUCCACACCGGGGAGAAGCCUUACAGCUGCCUAACUUGCAGCAAAAGCUUCAGCCGGAAAUCCACCCUGGUCAGGCACAAGAGGACCCACACAGGGGAGAAGCCCUAUGCGUGCUCCGUGUGCGGGAAGAGCUUCAGUAUCCGGUGUAAUCUUCUGCGGCAUGAGAGGGUCCAUGCUGGGGAGAAACCUUUCCAGUGCUCCUAUUGCCUUCAGAGCUUCAGUCGGAGACUUUUGCUCGUGAUUCACGAGAGAACUCACACGGAAGAGAAACAAGUAUGAAAAAUUGCUUAGUCCAGGGGAAAUGGCUGCUGUUCGUUUUCCUCUUUUGGCCAAUCCAGCAGCCCAGCCACUUCCAAAGCUUUUAUAACUCAUGCUUCAACUCAUUCAGAAGGUUUCUGGCCAUCUUCCCCUUUUUCAGAUUUGUGCAGAUUUUCCUAGAACCAUCUCUAUAUUUUAUGUGUCUUCAGCUUGUGGAAAACACCAACCAACAUCCAUGCUUGGUUGCCUCCAGGCCAGCCAACUGGAGAGUGGUUUGAAUUUUUUCGCAGCCUCCCACCUUCACUCAGUGCUCCAAUGAGUGAAAUAACAAAAAUCCUCAUUCCCCUUCCAUAAAAAUAAAAUCAGCUUAUGAAC